AUGUCUCAAUACGCCUUUCCGUCUCCCCGUUCCCCCUACAGUACCCAUCAGCCCAUUGCCUACACCACUUCUUCACACUCGCAACACGGUCAUGGGGGUUACAACUACGGAACUCCCUUGAAGCGGGCAUCUAGUGUCGGCCAUACCUACAUAUCUAGCCCACAAUAUGGAUACCCCUCUGUAGCCCAGACGCCACAGACUGUUCAAUACCUGUCUGUGCCUAGCUCACACCACCGCAACCCAGAGCUAGCAGCCACAGUCAUCAUGAUAGCAGACCCAGAGCCUCUAGCCACAGUCAUCACGGGCAUGGGCACGGAUACAGUACAACUACUGGUUACCCAGUUACAUACGCAACAUCUGCUCCCGUAUAUGUCCAACCUAGCUCAGGACAUCAUCGCUCUCAUUCAACGUCACACCGUUCGCACUCGCGGCCUUCUCGGUCUUAUGCAAGCAACGGUGAUUACCAGAGAGGUCGUGCGCCCUCAAUCGGGGACCGUGUUCGCCAGUUCUUUGGAAGGGAGCCUUCAUCGAACGCUUACUACGGAAACCAGGGGUACGGGCACCACAACUCUUACGGUGGUACGAGAGAUGUUGAAAGAAGAUCGAGGAAACACAGUGGCUUUGUGGACCACUACGGGAACGAAGUGGAUAGUCAUGGAAGGAGGAUUCACCACUAUUAAUUCAAGUAACUGUUUUGACAUGUAG